AUGCCUGGGCAGUACGAACGCAUCUACUCGUAUCAAACUACAAGAGCUGCAACUGGACGCAACCAGGCCAUCGUUCGUCUUAUCGCUCUUCUAUCGUUCGUCGCUGUCUCGUCGGUUAUCUUGUUCUCCCUGACCGACUUCGUCUACUGGAGCCAGAGUCGAUCUCAAAUCCACGUCCUCGAGUCAAUUUCAAAUUCUGCACAGGCUGCUACGUCACACGCCUCUUCCACCACGAUGGAUGCGACCUCGAGUUCUGCCAGCGAUAGCAGGCCCGGGCAAAGCUUGGACGCUUUCCUACUGCAAGCUAAGCAAGAUACGUUCACCCAUCUCAAGCCAGGCUCCAGCUCGCAAGCCACACUCACCAUUAUCAUGGGCAACGAGGCAGGCGAUCUGGAUUCGGCCGCUUGCGCUAUUGGCUUGAGUUACCUUCUGUCGCGAUUCGGAUCUCCUUCUGGCUACGACCUGCCACCAUCAACUUAUGUACCCUUGAUACAGAGCAUGCACACCGACGAUGUGCUUCGUCCCGAGAACACAGCUGCUUUCCGCGCAGCAGGAAUAAUGCCCGACCACGUCUUCUGCCUUGAUGAUCUGCAAAAGACGCUAGCACUCGAACUCGAUUCGGAUGUAUUUGCACCAUCAGCAAACGUAGCUAUCGGGCUGGUCGAUCACCCGUCCCUCACCGGGCCAUGGGGAGGAGCUAGGGCAGCCAACAGGCAAGUCUCCAUCGUGAUCGACCACCACGAAGACGUCGGCGAUCACCCCGAUGCGGCAUUGAGGAUUAUCAAGUCGCCAUCAAAGGAUCCUGUAGGAAGCUGCAGCAGCUUGGUGGCUGAGUUGUUCGCCGACCGAUUUGCAACCGCCUCGACGCCCGAUCUAGGCUUGCGCGAGGUGGCUGAUCUCUUGAUCAGCGCAAUCAUCAUUGACACAGACAACCUCCGUGGCGCACCACGUGGUAAGGCGACUGAAACCGACUUUGACGCCAUCAAGACGCUCUUGCCCGCCUCGUCGUUUGGCAAUCCACACUCUGCAGACAAGAUUCGCGAAACUGCUUUGUCGUAUUCGCCGCUCAACAGCACCUGGCAAGUGGCGUCGGUGCAGCCGAUUGAGUCUAUCAGCCCGUCGACCGAGAUCGACUCGGCAACGCACAGCGCCAAGAUCAUCCUCGCGCCGUUUUGGCAAAUCCUCUCUGGCUCAAAACAGGCUGUAUCUCAUCUCAGCGGUCGAGAUCUGCUGCGUCGCGAUUACAAGGAACUCGAUUUUACCAGCCCGGAAGCUUCCGAUCCGGCCCAGGCCGAUGUGACGCUCAAGCUCGGCUUCGCCUCUGUGCCCAUCAGCAUCGUCGAAUGGCUGCACAAGGACCGGCCCGCACGCCAAUUGGCUGAUGCAGCAGACCCCAAAUUGGAAGUCAAACAAGCAUGGGCAGCAUGGUGGAAGACGUUGGAUGACUUUAUGUCUGAACGCAAGAUCGAUAUUGCCGUCAUGACGGGUUCCUUCCGUGUGCCCGAUGGCCAAGUCGAUGCGGGCAAGCACAAGCGAGAGCUCGUGCUGGCCUUUGCACCGCGCACCAUGUCACCCAGCAAAGCCUCGAUCCUAUGGGAAGAACUGAGAAAGGGACUCGAAACAGAUGCCCAUGUAGCGUCCGACCAAGUGGAGCGAAGGCUCAUGCUCGAAGAGCCGUGGAAAGGCCAACGGUUGCCCGAGAGCGCCGGUGGGAAAAAGGAACGUGUCAAGGGUGUCGACAGCGACGGCAAACGCGAACACGCUAGUACACAGGACCAGCCGAGAUGGGCCAAAGUGUACAAGCAGGCCAACACGAGAGCUAACCGUAAGAUCGUGUUGCCCGCUGUGACGACGAUCCUCAAGGCAGCUGUGAAGAAGUUGUAG